AUGGUUUCCCGUUAUGUUGUGUUGAUUGCUUUGGUGGUCGCCCUUGGGGGGUUUGUAUAUGGCGUUGAUUCUGGCAUCAUUGCAACAACUCUAGGUCACGACUCGUUCAAAUACUAUAUGUUUGGACCAAGUGGAAAGAACGCUGCUUUGACGGGUGCCAUUGUUUCGCUGUAUAAUGUCGGUCAGGCCGUCGGCACCUUUGGUGCAGGCUAUUCAGCCAACCGGUUCAGUAGAAGAUGGACCAUCUGUGCCAGUGCUGUCAUUGCAAUAAUCGGUACUAUUCUGCAGACAGCGGCUGUCAACCCUGGGAUGAUGAUUGCAGGGAGAUUUCUCGCGGGGGUAGGUUGUGGCAUCCUCUUGGCGGUUGUGCCAAUCUACAUUGCUGAGGUAUCUCCUCCUAAGCAACGCGGAAUGAUUGUUGGCCUUCAGGGAUUCAUGAUUUCGAUCGGUUUCUUCGUUGCCAAUUGGAUUGGCUAUGGAGGUGCAUAUGCCAAAGAUGAUGCACAGUGGCGAAUUCCCUUGGCUAUGCAAAUACCCGGGCCUGUGGCAUUGACGAUCGGGUGUUGCUUUAUACCGUAUAGGCCACGAUGGCUCAUCCAGCAGGAGCGUUACGAAGAAGCGCGCGCCGUAUUAGAAAAGCUGCAUGUCUCUGAGAAUGACGAAGACGUGGUCCUUCGAGAACUCGCUCAGAUUCGAGAACAAAUCCAUACUGAGACCGAGCAUGUCACAAGCUUCAGCUCAGCCAUCACGAGUCUACUCUCGCCUCGUUACAUGCACCGUACCCUGAUGGCCUGCUUCAUAUUAAGCAUGGGUCAGUUUAGCGGAUCCACCGUCAUCCAAAAUUAUCAGAACAACUUUUAUGCAACAGUCGGUUUCACUGGAAAGACCUCCCUUUUGAUCAGUGGCAUCUACGGUAUCAUGGGUGUCCUUGGUCAGGUCAUCUAUCUCUGCUUCGCUGCCGAUAAAUGGCCUCGCACUCGCACGCUGUGGGUUGGCUCAAUCUUUUUGUGUGUGAUGAUUGCUAUUUGCAUGGCCUUGUCCGCUAUGUAUGGAGACAAAAGCAAUGGUAGCCUGACCGGCGCUCGUGCGGCAAUCGCCAUGAUUUUCCUAUACUCCUGUGGGUAUGCAGUCUUUUUCAACGCAACCAUUUGGGUGGUGCCUUCCGAGCUCUUCCCCUUUUUCCUUAGGUCGACGGGAAUGGGAUUGGCUGUGUUCUGCAAAUCAGUAUCAGCGAUCAUUCUAUCACAAAUCACGCCGACUGCCUUGCAAAAUGUGAGCUGGAGAUAUUACGCGCUUUUCAUUGCCACCAACUUUGCGGCCGCCUUCGUGUAUUUCUUUUUGCUCCCGGAAACCAGUGGCAAGACGUUGGAAGAAAUCGCUGAAUUGUUCGGGGAUGGUGUCGCAAAGAGUCCCUCGAAACAAGUUGAUGACUCGUGCGACAAAGACGCGCCUUCCGAGAAGCAAGCUACCUUGGAGACGAAUGACCCUAGAUCUGCUCAUGUAGAAAGGAUUGUCUAA